CUAAAUUACCAGAAAACCCACCUUCACCAAUUUCAGUUGUAUUUCGAGUAGAUCUCAUCUCUGUACUCCUUUUUCCCUUAUGAAUCCCGAUCUGGUCUUUUGUUGAAUUCUUACAUCAAAUUUACAAUAAAAGAGAAGAAGAACAAAGCAACCAAAAAAAAAUAAAUAAAAAAAAAUCAUAUGCGUUGAGGGAGAUAAUUAAGACCAAUAAAGAGGAAGGCAUCAAAGGAUUUGCAAUGGCGGGGGCAGCGUCGGCGCUGUUCCUACUGGAUAUAAAGGGCCGUGUUCUGGUGUGGCGAGACUACCGCGGUGACGUCUCCGCCGCCCAAGCUGAGCGUUGCUUCACCAAGCUGAUUGAGAAAGAGGGUGAUCCACAGUCCCAAGAUCCUGUGGUGAGUGAUGAUGGUGUGACUUAUAUGUAUAUACAACACAACAAUGUAUAUCUUAUGACCGCAUCGAGGCAAAACUGUAAUGCUGCUUGCCUUCUUCUGUUUCUGCACCGGGUAGUUGAUGUAUUUAAGCACUAUUUUGAGGAGCUAGAAGAGGAAUCACUAAGAGAUAAUUUUGUUGUGGUGUACGAGUUACUUGAUGAGAUAAUGGACUUUGGCUAUCCUCAAUAUACUGAAGCCAAGAUUCUCAGUGAAUUUAUAAAAACGGACGCCUAUAGGAUGGAAGUUACGCAGAGGCCUCCUAUGGCCGUUACUAAUGCUGUUUCUUGGCGGAGUGAAGGGAUACGAUAUAAGAAAAAUGAAGUAUUUUUAGAUGUUGUGGAAAGUGUUAAUAUACUUGUCAACAGCAAUGGACAGAUAGUUAGGUCAGAUGUUGUUGGAGCCCUAAAGAUGCGUACUUAUUUAAGUGGUAUGCCUGAGUGCAAGUUGGGCUUAAAUGAUAGAGUAUUGCUUGAAGCCCAAGGACGAACUACCAAGGGAAAAGCUAUCGAUCUUGAUGACAUAAAGUUUCAUCAGUGUGUGCGUUUGGCCCGAUUUGAAAAUGACCGGACCAUCUCUUUUAUACCUCCUGAUGGGUCUUUUGAUCUCAUGACAUAUAGACUGAGCACUCAGGUCAAGCCUCUUAUAUGGGUUGAAGCUCAGGUAGAACGACAUUCUAGAAGCCGUUGGGAAAUGACGGUGAAAGCUCGAAGUCAGUUCAAGGAGCGUAGCACCGCUACCAAUGUUGAGAUCGAGUUGCCCGUGCCAUCUGAUGCCACAAAUCCAAAUGUUCGGACUUCGAUGGGAUCUUCAAAUUAUGCACCUGAAAAUGAUGCAUUAGUUUGGAAAAUAAAAUCUUUUCCGGGUGGCAAGGAAUAUAUGUUGAGAGCUGAGUUUACCCUUCCUAGCAUAACGGCUGAAGAGGCGGCUCCAGAGAGAAAAGCUCCAAUCCGUGUUAAGUUCGAGAUUCCCUAUUUUACUGUCUCAGGGAUACAGGUUCGGUAUUUGAAGAUCAUUGAAAAGAGUGGCUACCAGGCUCUUCCAUGGGUGCGAUACAUCACAAUGGCUGGUGAAUAUGAGCUAAGAUUGAUGUAAGGCUGCUUGCUGUAUGGUAUACAUAUGCGCUAGGUGUUAUCAUCCCCAUUUGUUGAGUGCACUCGGUCUUCUAAGAUGCCGGCUCCUAAUUGUGUUAUUUUGGUGGAUUUAUGUGGGGAUGACGGUUUUUGUUUUUGUAUUUUUCCUUGGUUUCAUUGUAAAAUGGCAUGUGUUGCUAGUCCUCAAUAUACACAUUGGAGUUCUAUAUUCUGGGUUUAAAUGAUCUUCCUUUUUGACAAUUUUACAAUACGAUCAUUUGACGAUCUUACACAUGCUUUAAGUUACUGGUCAAGACAAAUAAAAUUAAACACCGGACGUUCCUUUUUAGCGGUUGACUGUGAUGAGACAAUAACAAGAGAAGCCAAAC